AUGAAGACGAAAAAGCCAGAAAAUCAGAAUUUUCCCGUAAAAUCCCACAAUAAAUUGCAUGGAGUUGGGAAAGUGAACCACAAGAGCGCAGCAAAGGAUCCCGGAAGUAGACACAAGUCGAGGAAUCAAACACAAAUAAAUUACGUGGUGAAUCCGAGAAAAUUGAAAUUCCUAACCAACAAAAAAGCAGCUGAGGAGAAGCGUGAGGCUCACCUGGCGGACAAGGAGAAACGACGAAAGGAAAUUGAGCACAAGCGGAAAGAGAAAAUCCAGAGGAAUAGAGAGCUAAGCAAGAAAACACGUCGGGGGCAGCCUGUGAUGAAAAAUCAAAUUGAAUUCCUUCUCAAUAAGAUUCAGAAGAGAUUGGCUGAAGAAUAA